CGUUCUCCACGAUCCAUCAAACCCUGUGCACACGAACUGUUACGACGACCACGAUCUCUUCUGUGAUUUGUGCUUUCUCAGGUUUUCGUCAGUUCAACGAUUCAGUUGUCAUCCGCCUUAGAGACGACCGCUCGCCUUGCGCCCAAUCAACCACAACCAAGGGUACUCGCACAAGUACCUACACACGGCUUACCGCCAACCCAGCCAUCUCAUGACCUGAUGACCUGUAUACGAUAAUCAAAUUCAGCACUCUUCGUCCUUUCCACCCUUCACAUACUCCCUGCCUGGGUAACGGCACACGUUCGCCGUCAUGUUGGAAGGACUCGUAUCGAAUCUGCUCAACAGGUUCUUGGGCAUGUAUGUCCAAAACUUUGAUCCGAAGCAGCUAAAUGUCGGUAUCUGGUCUGGCGAUGUCAAACUACGCGAUCUCGAGCUCCGUCGUGAAGCCCUCGACCAACUCCAUCUACCCAUCAACGUCGUCGAAGGUCACCUGGGCUCCCUUACCCUCUCGAUCCCCUGGUCCAACCUUCGAGGCAAGCCCGUACAAGUCAAGAUUGAGGACGUAUACCUGCUGGCCGCUCCAAGAGAAGACCAAGACUACAAUCCGGAAGACCAAGACAAGCGCGAUCAUGCUGUCAAGAUGGAGAAGCUCGACAGCGCGGAAUUACUCAAAGAGCGAAGCGCAGAAGGCAUGAGCCAGGAAGAACAGCAGAAGAAUCAAAGCUUCACUGCCAGUCUUGUCACUGCCAUUGUAGACAAUUUGCAAAUCUCAGUCAAGAACGUCCACAUCCGCUACGAGGACUCCAUCUCAGACCCUGGACAUCCUUUUGCUGCCGGUCUUACCCUCCAAGAGCUGAGCGCCGUCAGUACAGACGAAAACUGGAAACCAACCUUUAUCCAGAGCACGGCAGCAGGAUCCACUCAUAAACUCGCCACUCUUGGUGCCCUCGCCAUAUACUGGGACACCGAUGCCAAACUGCUGGGCUCUGGUAAGGGUUCCCAAACUGCAGAAGAGCAAGGAAUAGAUCAUAGCACAAUCAUCGACAAGUUUAGAGACAUGAUUGCCAAGAAGGACGAUACAGACUUUGGCGCACAUCAGUAUAUACUCAAACCAGUCACUGGUCGUGCUGGUCUCGAAAUUGACAAAACUGGAAAGAUUGAUCGUCCCAAAAUGAAGGCCCGUCUCCUCUUCAACGAGCUGGGCUUUGUAAUUGACGACGAUCAAUAUCGCGAUGCUCUCAUGUUGGUCGAUCUCUUCCACUAUUUCAUCCGACACCAGGAAUAUCGUAAGUUCCAGCCGAAAUCAUCUCCCAAAGAGGACCCUCGAGCCUGGCUCCGUUUCGCAACCAAAUCAGUCCAUGACAAGAUCCACGAACGCAACCGCCGCUGGACAUGGGCAUACUUCAAGGAACGCCGUGACGAUCGUAUCAAGUACAUCAGUCUCUUCAAAAAGAAGAAAAAGGAGGAGAAGCUUACUCCAGAAGAAGGAACCGAGCUUGAUCAGCUCGAGCGCAAGCUGAGUUAUGAAGACCUCCGAUUCUGGAGAUCCCUUGCUCGUAAUCAAUUGCGCAAGGAGAAUGUUGGUGUCGCGAAGGCCCCGCAGAAGCAGACGUGGUCUUCUUGGGUCUGGGGAAGCAAGAAGACGGAAGAGCAUCCCGGUGACGAGACCCAGUUGACCGAGGAACAACGCAAAGAAUUGUACGACGCCAUCGACUUCGACGAGAAGAAGCAAAUCGCCGAUGCCGUUGAUAUGCCCAAGGAAGCCAUCAAGUUGCAAGUCGACAUGAGCCUUAGAGAAGGUAGUUUCACUCUCAAACGAGACCCUCAUGGCAAGGCCAUCGAAAUGUUGCAGCUCGUUUUCCAAGGUUUCGACACCAAAUUCUUGCAACGCACAGACUCUAUGCUUGCAGAAGUCAGUCUCGAGACUAUGAAACUCUUCGAUGGCACCACCGAGGGCAAUCUCUUCCCUCAGAUGCUCAAUAUCAAGCAAUCAAUCUCGGAUGACAAGCGAAUUGAAGAAGUCAAGGAUGAUGAUGAAGAGGAUGAUGAGCCCGCAGUAGAUCCAUUCUUUGCAUUGACAUUCGAGAACAACCCUCUUGAUGGUCAUGCCGAUACAGACCUGGUUGUAAAGCUUAAAGGCAUGGAAUUUGUCUACAACCCAAAGUUUGUCGUCGAAGUUGCAAACUUCUUCAAGCCUCCGGAACGUCACAUGGAGUCAAUUGGCGCCCUCAUGGAGUCGGCAGGUGCAACAGUCGAAGGUCUUAGGCAACAGACUCGUGCUGGUCUCGAGUAUGCCCUACAAGAGCACAAGACGAUUGAUGCCAAGCUCGACUUGCAAGCUCCUCUCAUCAUCAUACCCGACUCUGUUACCAAGAAGGAGUCUCUCUGCAUGAUUCUCGACGCAGGUCACAUUAGUGUACGAAGCGAGUUGAUCGACAAGGAGACAUUGAACGAGGUGCAAUCGAAGCAAAAACAGCAGUACACCGAGGAAGACUUCAAACGCCUUGAGCAGUUGAUGUAUGACAAAUUUCUGGUCAAACUACAGUCGACUCAGCUUCUUCUUGGACCUUCGAUUGAGGAAACCAAGAAGCAACUGGACGAAAACAAUACAUCCAGACACUUGCACAUUGUGGAUCGCAUCAACAUCGACUUCACAGUUGAGACAUGCAUUGUUCCCAAGGCUUCAGGCUUGACCAAAUUCCGAGUUGGAGGCCAUCUGCCAGUCUUGCAUGCUUCUAUUUCCGAUUCGAAAUACAAGAGUCUGAUGAAGCUCAUUGACGUUGCGAUUCCCAAAUUUGGGUCAGAUGAAGAGAAGACGCAGAAACCCGUGCAACCUUCGCAGAAACAGACUCAGCGUCCCAGAAAAAAGAGCAUCAUGGAUUCGGAUGUGAUUGGAAGGCCAAGAUCCAAGUCGUUUCAAUUCUCUGCCCAAAAGCACGAGCUUGUUAUGGAAGAGGAGACUGAUAAUGAAGACGAAGAGUUCAAGGAAGCCAAACAAACCACCAAGGAACCCGCAAAGGACGUCAAUCAACGUAACUUUGAGUUCAAGUUCAAGGUUGACAAGCUUCAAGGUUCUCUUUAUCGGUCAGACCCAGAUGGCAAAAAACAAGAUCAGUUGCUUGUUGAUCUCAUCGCCGAGAACUUCGACUUGCUCUUCUACCAGCGUCAAUUUGACAUGGUAGCAGAGGUCAGUCUACGCACCCUUGCUGUAGAAGACCACGUCGAGGAAAAUCCAUCUCCCGAGUUUAGGAAUCUCAUUUCUUCCGAAGACUCAGAUGCCAACAAGCAGCAGGACCUCUUCACACUCAAGUUUGUCAAGGUCAAUCCGGAACAUCCAGAAUUCAUGUCGACAUUUGAAGGCAUAGCCACGAAUCUAGAUGUAUCAGUAUCAACGAUUAAUCUGCUCGUGACUCGAAAGACACUCCUGACCUUGCUUGACUUUGUCAUGGUCACCUUUACGAAUCCGGGAGAGCCUCAGGCCAACCAAUCACAGGCUGUAGAGUCGACUGAGACCGUGGAAGUUGCCAAUGCACAGCCUGCAGGCGACAAGAUUCGUAUCAAGGCCGAACUGAAGCGCAUUGCUAUCAUUCUCAACAAUGAUGGAAUCCGUCUAGCUACUCUGAGUUUGACAUCUGCCGAGGUGGGCAUUUUCUUGAUGGGUAAGACCAUGAGAGUAGGAGCUAGACUCGGUAACUUGUCUCUUCUCGACGAUGUCAAUCAAGGUGUUUCUGAGCAAUCUUCUCUGCGUCAACUGGUCUCCAUUCAAGGCGAUGAGCUUGCCGAUUUCCGCUACGAAACAUUUGAUGCAGAAUCUGAAGCCUAUCCUGGCUAUGACACCUCCAUCUACCUUCGAUCUGGCUCUUUGAAAGUCAACUUUGUCACUGAACCAUUCCGUAAAAUCAUGGAAUUUGGCGUCAAGUUUGGAAAGAUGCAGGCCAUAAUGAAUGCUGCCAGACAAGCUGCUGCAAAUCAGGCCAACAACAUUCAAGAGCGUGCUAGCAAGAUGCACUUUGAUAUUCGCAUCAAGACACCAAUCAUAGCCUUUCCUCGCAUGGUUAUCACCGACUCUCCUGAGCGUGAUGUUCUUACUGCGUACUUGGGAGAGCUGUAUGCCAGCAAUGAAUUCCUUCCUUUGGACGAUGCCAAGGAUUCUGAGACUGCCAACAAGUUGACGGCUGGUGUACACAACACUAGAUUGACUUCGACAUUCAACUACACUGACGACAAGGUUGAAGAGCUUGAUCUCAUUGACAAGGUUGACCUUGAUUUCAGAAUCACCAGCGCAGAGCACAAGCCCGGCUAUAAGCGUCCUGAUACAGAGAUUGAAGGUUCCAUGUCUAAUGUCAACCUGCGAAUCACAGAGGCUCAACUCAAAUUCAUACUCGAACUCUCUCGAUCAAUCCCCGAGGCAUUCGCUACGGAUUCCGAUGAUGAUGUUGAAGAGACUGUCAAGGAAGAGCUGCCAGCAUCCACUGUCCAAGAUGCCAAGUCAAUCACUGAUGGCUCUGAAGAUCAAAAAGAAGAGCAACCUCAAUCCCCUACUCACCUCGGUCCCGAAAUCGGGUCAGACGAUGACACUUGGACCAAGCUUGAUCUUGUAUUCAAGGUUGGUACAAUUGGCCUCGAACUCAUCUCAAGCAAGCCUGGAAAGCCCGUCGAGGACCUUGCAGCUUGCAGUCUAUCCAAAUUCUCACUCAACGAGACUCACAUCAAGCUGCGCAUGGUCAGCGACGGAUCACUAGAGUCUGAGCUUCUAGUCCAAUCCUUUACCAUUACCGACACUCGCACACAUGAGAAGAACAAGUUUAGGAAGAUCAUGUCACUCAUCAAUACCGAUGUCAAGCAGCAAUUCAUGGCAAGCGUCUCCAUUUCUGGAGGCAAGGAGCGUAAUUUGAUUGCUCUUCUAACCAUUGAUAGUCCAAGAAUCAUCUUGGCUCUUGAUUACUUGUUUGCGAUCCAACGAUUCGUCAAUCUGAGUCUGGCUACAGACGAGCCUCUCAUCAUCUCUGACGAAGAGGAAGAAUCAUCAGCUGGAGAUGAUGAAGUCAGCAUCUCUACAGGUACCGAUAUUGCAGGCACACAACAGCCCGAUGCAAAGCCUACCGAGGAGCAAAGCCCAAUGAGCAUCUCGUUCCGCGUUAACAUCGUCGAUGCACAAAUCAUCCUCAUUGCAAACCCUGCCAUCACUAAUUCAGAAGCCAUUGUACUUGGAAGCAAGCAAAUUCUCGUUUCUCAACAACACGUCACAGCACUCCAGGUUGACAAGCUUGGCAUGUUCCUUUGCCGCAUGGACAAGUUUGAUUCUACUCAGCUUCGAAUUCUCGAUGAUUUCAGUAUCCAAACUUCGGUAGACAUGCGCUCCGAAAACAAGCAGGCUCAACUGAUGAGUAUCAUGGUUGAAAUUGAGCCAUUGGUGCUUCGUUUGUCCCUGCGUGAUAUCCUUUUGGCCAUGCAAAUCGUCAACAAGGCUUCUGCCAUGUCUGCCAAUGAUGACGAGAAGCAACUAGCAAAGGAAGGUCCUUCCAAGAUUGAUCAACUAAAGGCUCCUUCUGUCAGACCAAAGUCUGGUCGGGCAGCAUCAUCGGCACAGAAGCCUCGAGCCAACACUAUUGCCACCAAGAAGUCGCAUGCCACUACUGCACCCAAGACACAUGCCGAACCCCAAGGCUCUGCUAUGUUGAAACGCGAAGAGAUGAAGAUCAACCUUCAAGGUAUUCGCGUGGUUCUUAUUGGCGACCUCCACGAAUUGCCAAUGCUUGAUUGGAGUGUCAAGAACUUUGCCGUAGAGGUUCGCGAUUGGAGCGGUGCCAUGACGGCAGACACUAGCAUCGAGACAUUCUUCAAUGUCUACAACUUCUCUAAAUCUGCUUGGGAGCCGCUUGUUGAGCCGUGGUCACUCGGUUUCCACAUGGCAAAGAGCAUGAACCCAGAUAAGCUCUCGGUCGAGCUCUACUCGCGUAAAUCCUUGGAACUCACAAUGACUUCUUCGACAAUUGCUUUGGCAUCCAAGUCGGCUCAAUUCUUGUCCAACGAUGAGGAUAUUCUCUCGAAACCUCGUGGAACAGACGCACCUUAUCGUAUCCGCAACCAGACUGGGUUUGAUUUGAAUGUCUGGGCUCAAACAGAGCACAACCAGGAAGGCGCUGCCGAGAAGCUGAGUGACGGAGAAGAAGCUCCUUGGCGCUUCGAAGACCCCAGCACCACCAGAGAAACUCUUUCUCCAGAAGGUGCUACUGGUGUUGUUGGCAUCAAGCUCGAAGGCAGUGGGUUCGAUAGUAUCGAGCGUAUCCCGGUCAGCCGUGAGGGCGAGACACUCUACAAUCUCAAGCCACGCAAAGACAAGAUUCAACAUCGCAUUCUGGUAGAAGUGAAGCUUGGAGCAGACAACGUCAAGUACAUCACGUUCCGCUCACCCUUGUUGGUAGAGAACAACACACAAAUCCCGAUUGAAGUCGGCGUGUAUAGUCCAGACGAAGGUCACUUGCUCAAGAUUGAGAAGGUUGCCCCUGGCGAUGCAAGAUCGGCACCUGUGGGUGCUGCCUUUAUGCAUUCCUUGGUCAUUCGUCCUGAUCAAGGAUUCGGCUACACUUGGUCAAAUGAGCGCCUGUUCUGGAAGGACUUGCUGAAGCGUCCUACACACACAAUCACAUGUCAGGGAGAGCAGCAAGAUUCAUCCCCGCCAUUCUACUUCCAGAUGCAAGCCGUGUACGACAAGAACAAUCCCAUCUCUGCCACAUACCCAUACAUGCGCAUUCGUUUGUCUGCUCCUGUCGAGAUUCAAAACUUGUUGCCAUUUGAUUUCAAGUACCGUAUCUACGACAAAAACACAAAGAAGGACUGGACAAACUUCUUGCGCAAGGGAGGCGUCAGUCCUGUGCACGUUGUCGAGCUUUCUCAUCUGCUGUUGAUGAGCGUUGAUAUGCAAGACACCCCAUUCAAGCAGAGCGAGUUCGCAAUCAUCAAUUCCACUGGUCGGGAUGACUUCCGCCGCGAGAAGACGCUCGUCGUGAAGGAUAAUCAAGACCUUACUCUGAGACUCAAAUUGCACUACUACAACGUUCCUGAUAGCGGAGGUGCUUUCAAAAUCACCAUCUACAGUCCUUACGUGGUCUUGAACAGAACAGGUCUAGGACUUGACAUUCGCAGCAAGACCUACUUUGGUGCUGCCAAAUCUGCUGCUGGGCAAACUACGUUUAGCAAUUCAGACGAAGCAAGAAAGGCAGUUCCAUUUAUGUUCUCUUACCCUACGGAUGACCAGAAGAACAGAGCGCUCAUCAAGGUUGAUGGUUCAACCUGGAGCAAGCCAGUCAGUUUCGAGGCCAUUGGUUCAACCACGGACGUCACUGUCGCUGCAGAGUCUGGUCGCUCAGAAAUGCAUGUUGGCCUGACUGUCGAAGAAGGUGAAGGCAAGUACAAGCUUACUAAGGUGAUCACUAUUGCCCCUCGAUUCGUGGUUCGCAACAAGCUUGGAGAGGAUCUCAACAUCAGAGAGCCCGGUUCUUCCGAUGUGACAACCUUGAAGCCACAAGAUCUCCACCCGUUGCGUUUCUUGAGACAAUCAGGCGGACAACAGUUGUGUCUUUGCUUCCCUGGUGUCAAUAACAACUGGUCGUCUCCCUUCAACAUUGCCAAUGUUGGUAGCGUACAUGUCAAACUCGCCAAGGCUGGUGAGAGACAAAAGCUCAUCAGAGUGGAGAUUUUGAUGGAGGACGCCACAAUUUUCCUCCACAUCAGUCACGAGACAAAGCAUUGGCCCUUUUCUAUUCGCAACGAGAGUGAUGUUGAGUUCAUCUUUUGGCAAGCCAACCCCAAUGUUGACGAAGACGAGGAUGAACGUACUUCAGGUUGGAAGCCUAUCAGAUACAGGCUGCCACCUAGAAGUAUCAUGCCAUACGCUUGGGAUUACCCAGCUACCAAGAACAAGAAUCUUGUACUCAGUGCUAAGGGCAAAGAGAGACAUGUUAAGCUUGCAGAGAUUGGUAAUCUCAUCCCAAUGAGACUACCUGCAGCUGAAGGUACCAACCGUCAGAAGAUCAUUGAUCUCAAUGUUGCCGCCGAUGGCCCUACUCAGACACUCGUCUUGUCCAAUUACAAGCCAUCAAAGAGUUUGUACAAGCAAAAGGCUGGUUCUGCCUCUCAGUCGACUUCGACCGGCUUCGAGGUCAAGGACUUGGACGACCACGUCACGUUGAGUGCACAAAUCAGAUUUGCUGGACUUGGCAUUUCUCUCAUCAACCGUCAACUCAAAGAACUUGUCUACGUCACACUGCGCGACAUUGACUUGUCCUACAAGGACUCUCCCUUGUACCAGACAGUGUCUUCCACCAUCAAGUGGAUUCAAGUCGACAAUCAACUCUAUGGCGGCAUCUUCCCACUGAUUUUCUACCCCAGCGUGGUUCCCAAGACUGGGAAGGAGAUGGAAGCUCACCCCAUUUUCAAGGCCGCAAUCACACGUGUUAAGGAUGAUUCGUAUGGUGUGCUUUACAUCAAGUACUUCACAUUCUUGAUGCAGCAAAUGACUAUAGAGAUUGAUGAGGAUUUCAUCUUCGCCAUGCUCGACUUCACAAAGAUUCCAGGUGCUUCAUGGUCCGAAGAAAAGGAGGGUCAACUUUGUGACGAAAACCUCGACAUUCCCGAACCCAAGCAAGAAGAGGGAGGUCAAGACAUUUACUUCGAGUUGUUGCAUCUACAGCCCAUGCAGUUCGAUCUGUCCUUUGUCCGAACCGAGCGCAUCAACGCCGAGGAUACUGGCAGUUCCUCAUCCAACCCCUUCAUGUUUGCAGUCAAUGUUCUCACCAUGUCCAUUGGCAACGUCAACGAUGCACCUAUUCGUUACAAUGCUCUUAUGCUGGAGAAUGCUAGAGUGUCUGUUGGUGCUUUGGUCGCUGCGAUUAAGAGUCACUACGUCCAAGAAUCUCUUCGUCAAGUCCACAUCGUGCUCGGUUCUGCAGACUUCUUGGGCAACCCCGUUGGUCUAUUCAACAACAUCAGUUCUGGUGUUGCAGACAUCUUUUACGAACCAUACCAGGGUCUUGUCAUGACUGACAGACCCCAGGACCUUGGUAUUGGCAUUGCCAAGGGUGCUAGCAGCUUCGUCAAGAAGAGUGUCUUUGGCUUCUCAGACAGUAUGGCCAAGUUCACCGGCAGCAUCAGCAAGGGUCUUGCAGCCGCCUCGAUGGAUAAAGAAUUCCAAGACCAGCGUCGCAUGUCUCGUUCUCGCAAUAGACCAAAGCAUGCCUUGUAUGGUAUCACUUCCGGAGGUAACGCCUUUGCAAACAGUAUGGCAAGUGGAAUUGGCGGCCUUGCUAGACACCCGUUGCAAGGUGCGGAAAAGGAAGGUGCUCUUGGAUUCGUCAAGGGUGUAGGAAAAGGCUUCCUUGGUCUAGCCACCAAGCCUGCCAUUGGAGCCUUCGAUUUGGCUUCUAACAUGGCCGAAGGCGUUCGCAACACGACAACCGUCUUUGAUCAAGAAGGUCUGGAUCGCGUGCGUUUGACGCGUUUUAUUGGACAGGACGGCAUUGUCCGACCUUACAGCCAGCGUGAAGCCUUGGGUCAAUUCUGGCUCAAGACUCUGGACAACGGCAAGUACUUCCACGAAGACUACAUUGCACACAUGGAGCUAUCUUCCGGAAGUGGGUCGCAAUCCACCCAAACUCGCACCAAGAGCACGAGCGCCGAAAGCCCUCGUAUGGUCAUGCUGACCUACAACGGAAUCAUGUUGGUGCAGACAAAGAAGCUCGUUACCGAGUGGGACGUCCCCCUCAAGGAUAUUCAAACCAUCACCAAGGAGCGUACAGGUAUGAGCAUCGUGCUCAAGGGAGGAAACAAUGGACCAUUUGUUCCAGUCGCAGAUGAACAGAGUCGCAACUGGCUGUAUCGUCAAGUUGCGAUUGCUGUCAAUGCGUACAACGACAAAUAUAAUGCCAAGGGUUGAGAGAAGGAAGUCACGUAAUGAAUAGGUUAUCUUAGUCUUUCGCAUUGAACAUUGAGCAAUUUGUUUUUCCCGACUGUUUAUACAGCAUAGCGUUGAUAGCAAUCCAGUGAUGUCCUGUUACCUGUUUCGUUGUUUACCUUGUGUAUCGAGGUGUUGCUGAAUAUUCGUCUCCAGAUGCAGUGG